AAGCACAUAUAGUGGCCUAAGUACCACGGGGUACGGGGGUAGAAUUUCUAUUUGCAUACUUAAGGUCGCAGAUUAAAUAGAUAAGGUUUUUAUUUACUUUAGGUUAGAUACGUAAACCUAUUGAUUAGAUGUGAUAAACCUAUUUACCAGUCUUAACUGUCCAUGCUGCAAUUUGCGUUUCAUUAAAAGGUUGCUGUUUUCCCAUUAAAACUGGAUUAGUUUAUAGGUUAGUUUGUUUUCUAUUAUUUUAUUUAACUAUGAGUGAAACCAAAAGUGUUGCCGUAAAAAGAAAUUACAAAAAACAAUUUCAUAAAUCAGGCAGAUUUUCGUUAGAAGUAAACUUAAGGGGAUUUUUAUGUAGCUGCAACAAUAGAGAAAAAGAUUGUGUAAGGGAAAGCUACAAUUUGCUUAAUAAAUAUGCAGAUAUACUUUAUCCUAAAGUAGAAGAUAAAAAUGAAAACACUGAAGACAUUUCUGAUGAUCUUGCCAGUGAAAUCAAGAAUUUAAAAAGUGAACAGAAACAAUACAGGUUUCAACAAUUGGAAUCUGGAGCAAAAAACGUAUUAUUUGUUAAGACUACCUUAGAAAAUCCUGUGGAGCUGGCACACAAAAUUAUGAAAGAAAUACAUGAAUCCAAAUCUCACCAAACAAGAUUCCUCAUCAGAUUGGUGCCAAUAGAAGUUACAUGCAAAGCAAAUAUGAAGGACAUAGAGAGAGCAUUCCAGCCACUCAUUGAAAAAUAUUUUCAAAAUGAACCAGUGAGUUUCUCUAUUGUAUACAAUCAUCGAAAUGAUAAAGGGUUAAAUAGAGAUGAUGUUAUCAAGUGUUUGGGAGAAAUGAUUUCAAAAACAAACAUUGACCAUAAAGUGAGUCUGAAGGAGGCUGAGUUUUCAGUAAUUGUUGAAGUUAUAAGAUCAUUUGUAUUUAUUGGAGUUGUGCCUGAUUUCAUCAAAUAUAAAAAGUAUAAUCUUCUAGCUGUGGGUGAUAAUCCAGAGGUGAAGGAAAUCAAUCCUCCAGAAGAAAAUUCAUAACUGUUUCUAAAUAUUUAGAUAAUAAAUAUUGAUUAAAA